CCAACUGGUUUAAUGAAAGGGGGUGUGGGUGGCGCAUGCGCAGUGGGAGGAGGAGGUCUGUCGAAGAACGAAGUAAACAGAGCCGGAGCCCGCGAGCCCCAGCACUGGUUGGUGACGUCACUGCUCCACAUUGCGCUCCGGCCGCGCGGUGGUGCGGGACGUAGAUCGAGGCGCGCCGUAGUAAAGUGCGCACUGCCAUGAACUCGCGCGUGUCACUUAAUUGUUGCUGCAGCUGCAAUCGGGAGCGAGGAGCUGUUUGAGCACCCCCAGCCUGCUGCUGUGUCUGAUUCCAUUUUAAUUUUACUUGUUUUUUUUUUUUUUUUUUUUUUUUUUGUUUUCCCCGUUUCCUUGUUGGUUUGCUUCUCUCGUGCACGCGCAGGGAUUUUCGGACCCCUUUUCUCGAGGAGAAGCGAUGUCGUCCGCCACGGUCGCCGCUUCCCGGAGGCAGUCGUGCUAUCUGUGCGACCUGCCCCGCAUGCCGUGGGCUAUGAUCUGGGACUUCACGGAGCCCGUGUGCCGGGGAUGCGUGAACUACGAGGGCGCGGACCGCAUCGAGUUCGUGAUCGAGACCACGCGGCAGCUGAAGCGCGCGCACGGCUUCCAGGAGGGCCGGUCCCCGGGUCCGGGGAAGCCUUCGCUUUCGGGCAAGGAGAUCCAGUCCCUGAACCACGCGGCGGACCCCAGCUCGCGGCCGCCGCAGCCCCUGGACCGCUACCCGCUGGCGUCGGACCGCCCCCCGCGGCUCGGUCCCGAGUACCCGUCGGGGCGGCAGGCGAACGGGAUCCCCAUCCCGAACGGGUUCCCCAAACCGGACGAUCCCCCGGAGCUGAACCGCCAGAGCCCGAACCCGCGCAGGACGAGCGCCGUGCCCCCGAACCUCGUGCCGCUGGUCAACGGGAGCGUGUCCGUGCACGCGGUUAACGGGCGGCCGAGCCAGAUGGCGCUCCCGUCCGCGCUCACGUCCGGCCCGGGUGACCUGGGCGCCAAGCGCCCGGCCUCCGUGUCCAGCACGGAGCACGAGCCCAAGGACAAGCACCGGCCGGACAGCCUCACGCCGGAGAUGGAGGCCCACAAGGCGCGCGCCGACGACUGGAUGAGCAAGAACAAGACGGUGCGCGACCUGCUGCCGCUGCAGGCGUUCGACGGCCGCUUCAAGAAGGAGCACGCGACGCUACAGCCGCGCGUCAUGGGCUACGAGGCGAGCGCCGGCGCCGCCAAGACAGCCGAACGAGGGAAACACCCCCGCAGCCUGAAGCGAAAGGCGUCCCCGGAGCCCGAGGGGGACAGUGCCGGUGCCGCCGCCGCCAAGCACAACGGGGAGGGACAGUGGCCCCUGCCGCCCGCCGACGUCCUCAAGAUGCCCCCGGUGCCGCCGCCCGGCUUCGCCUCGGCGCCGCCCACCAUCUCGCCGCACUCGCGCACCACGCCGCCCGAGGCCGCGCAAAACGGCCAGUCGCCCAUGGCCGCGCUCAUCCUGGCCGCCGACAAUGCGGGGGGCAACAGCUCGCCGAAGGACGCGAACCCGGUGCACUCCACUACGCGGCGCAACAGCGGCAGCCCGUUGUCGCCCUCCUCCGUGGGCCAGCGCAGGCUCCCGCAGAGGGACGCGUCGGGGGGGAGCGCCGGGGGCGGCGGGGGCGCGCCGCACGCGCCCGCCGGCCUGGACGCGGCGCACCCGCCGCAGAGCGCGCCGGACUCGUCGGUGCCCGGCAGCGUCCCGCUGUGCUGCACGCUGUGCCACGAGCGCCUCGAGGACACGCACUUCGUGCAGUGCCCGUCGGUGCCCUCGCACAAGUUCUGCUUCCCGUGCUCGCGCGAGAGCAUCAAGCAGCAGGGCGCCACGGGGGAAGUGUACUGCCCCAGCGGGGAGAAGUGCCCCCUGGUGGGCUCCAACGUGCCGUGGGCCUUCAUGCAGGGCGAGAUCACGACCAUCCUGGCGGGGGACGUGAAAGUGAAAAAGGAGCGGGACCCCUGACUCUGCCGUUUUGUAAUUUAAAAAAAAGGAAGGAAGGAAAGAAGGAAAGAAAGAAAGAAAGAAAGAAAGAAAGAAAAAA